UUGUACAAAAUGGUCGCCGGUUCUCUUCCCGAAUGCUCAGAUUCGCCACGUGGACAAAGGACAAAGGAGGUCUUACUACUUUGAAAAAUUCCGAAGAAAUUGUCGAUUAAGUUACAAUAUUGAUAUUUUAAGUUACUUAAAAAACUAAAAAAUGGGUAAAGAGAAAGUUCAUAUAAAUAUUGUCGUGAUUGGACAUGUUGAUUCCGGUAAAUCAACUACCACUGGACAUUUGAUUUACAAAUGCGGUGGUAUCGAUAAGCGUACCAUUGAGAAAUUCGAGAAGGAGGCCCAAGAAAUGGGUAAGGGAUCCUUCAAGUAUGCUUGGGUUUUGGAUAAGUUGAAAGCAGAACGUGAACGCGGUAUUACUAUUGAUAUAGCUCUUUGGAAAUUUGAAACUGCUAAAUAUUAUGUCACAAUAAUCGAUGCGCCUGGACAUAGAGAUUUUAUUAAAAACAUGAUCACUGGUACAUCACAAGCUGAUUGUGCUGUAUUGAUCGUUGCUGCUGGUACUGGAGAGUUUGAAGCUGGCAUUUCCAAGAAUGGACAAACUCGUGAACACGCUUUGCUUGCUUUUACUCUUGGAGUAAAACAACUCAUUGUUGGUGUCAACAAAAUGGACUCUACUGAACCCCCAUACUCUGAGACUCGUUUUGAAGAAAUAAAAAAAGAAGUGUCAUCUUAUAUCAAGAAAAUUGGUUAUAAUCCAGCUGCUGUUGCCUUUGUGCCAAUUUCUGGUUGGCAUGGAGAUAACAUGUUAGAAGCAUCAAGUAAGAUGCCUUGGUUCAAGGGAUGGCAAAUCGAGCGUAAGGAAGGUAAAGCAGAAGGAAAAUGUCUUAUUGAAGCUCUUGAUGCUAUUCUCCCACCAUCCAGACCAACUGACAAGCCACUUCGUCUCCCACUUCAAGAUGUGUAUAAGAUUGGUGGUAUUGGAACGGUACCAGUUGGUCGUGUUGAAACUGGUGUUCUGAAACCAGGUAUGGUUGUAACGUUUGCCCCUGCAGGUUUGACCACCGAGGUAAAGUCUGUAGAAAUGCACCACGAAGCUUUACCAGAAGCUGUUCCUGGUGACAACGUAGGCUUCAACGUGAAAAACGUAUCUGUCAAAGAAUUGCGUCGUGGUUUUGUUGCUGGCGACUCUAAGAGUAAUCCGCCUAAGGGUGCUGCUGAUUUUACAGCACAGGUUAUUGUACUAAAUCAUCCAGGACAAAUUAGUAAUGGUUAUACACCAGUAUUAGAUUGUCACACUGCUCAUAUUGCCUGCAAAUUUGCUGAAAUAAAGGAGAAAUGUGACCGUCGUACUGGCAAGACUACUGAAGAGAAUCCAAAAUCGAUUAAAUCUGGAGAUGCGGCUAUCGUUACUCUUGUCCCAAGCAAGCCAAUGUGCGUCGAAUCUUUCCAAGAAUUCCCACCAUUGGGACGUUUCGCUGUCCGUGAUAUGCGUCAAACGGUAGCAGUCGGUGUAAUCAAGGCUGUUAAUUUCAAGGACGCUAGUGGUGGAAAAGUCACCAAGGCUGCCGAAAAAGCUCAGAAGAAGAAAUAACUAUUUUCCGUAUAUGAUGUUCAUUGCCGAAUUUAUCUGGCUAUAACAGCUGAAACAGUUUGCAUUAUUUCUUCAUGUCUUUCAUAUAAGCUAAAAUCUUAUAAAUUGUUGUUUUUAUCAUUAUCAUUUCUCUUUACAAAAAUCUUAUUUACAUAUUUGUAUUCUACGAAAGAUAACAAGAUGAUCAACUUUUAUUAUUUUAGACAUGAUAAUUGCCUAUUUAUCCAAGUAUUUCAACGUACGUCGAUCUUAUUAAGACUAUUAUUUCGUAAUUUGUUUCAUCGAAAGGAAUUUCGCAGGGCAGACUACAAAUCAAUAAUUUGUCGUCAACGAUGACUAGAACAACACUCUUAUAUGAAAUAUAUGAAGCAAAAAUAAACUACUGAGUAUAAUA